CAUCCGUUUACAUUACAUAAUGCUACGAAAAAAAGCUGCUACGAAUUUAGUAGUAGGUACUUAUUUCUUGCAAAUAGUUAAACUGACGUUAAACUUAUUUAGGUAUGAUUUACUUACCAGUAUAAUGAGUAAAUAUAAAACACCAUGUAUGAAAUAAACAAAUAAUACCCCGAUAUAGAGUCGGAGGGUGUAAACGCCGUUACAGUCAAAGCAUCCUAUUCACCCUCAUACACUCGACGCCUCGCAUCUCAUUCCUUUCAAAUCUCUACAGAUCUCUGUCAUUUGCGAAUUGAAUCAAAUUGCGAAUGCUUUGUUGCAGGAAAUGAGUUCCGUGCAGGAGGAGAAGCCGCCUCCAGAGGGCCCUACAAAGACCCAUGUGCGAGAUAUAAGGAACACCGAGCUGGUCUCUCGUCUACUUGCUGCUACUCCACCAUAUCUAUACAGUGCGUUACCCCUGCAGCCACAUGCAUUCUUCUUCAGCGAAAUGCUCAGAUCCUUCGUCAACGCACGACACGGCUGUCGGCCCCCGCAUUACCAUCGCCGCUUUAAACGUCGCGCUCACAAAUAUUUUGCUGAAAACGAAACCGAGUUUCGACGAGACUGGCACAAACAAGAGGAGGAAAAGAAAGAACCAGAGACACGACCAGAAGUUCCAUUGGAAUUAACUGUCGAUAAACAUCCGAGGAUGCGUGAUCUUUCGCCGAGAAGGCUCUCUCCAAAGGCCGAACCUACUAAGCCGAGUGGUAGCCCUGGUCCCCCUGGAAGACAGUCCUCGUUCGUGGACGUUGGCACUGAAGAGUUGCCUAAGCCUUCCCCGUGUAUUGGCAGAAAUUCUGCAGAAUCUGCUGCGGUGCCGCCUUCGAACUUGAUUCUCCCACCGCCACCUCCUAUGUGGUACCCUCCGCUCUACAACCCUCAGUUCGGAGUAGAUCCCCUCAAUUUCUUCAUCGACUUGCGCGUUUCUGGACACAUUUAUGACAGAAAAAGAGCUCUGGCUGAAGGUAUCGAUACGAAUAUCUCUCAAGAGGUUCGUCCAGAAGAGGCGAGCUUGGAGAAGCGGCUUGGUCGAGAUUUCGGGCAGAGACCACGACACAUGUCGGCCUUUUCCGUUCCUGUUCGUUCGGGAACCAUCAAUGUGGAUGGACCGGAUAAGUAUUUCGAGCAUCGUUCGAAUUCCGGGCAAGUUAACGGCACUUCUUAUAUUAUGAGGAAUUUGAAACGUGUUUAUGAAGACCUCCAUGCAGGUCGAGACGAUGCAAAGGUUAGCAAGGAAGAAGAUACGAAAGAAGAGUCAUCUGACGUAGAUGAUGACAUCAUGGACUAAGUCUAUGAGUAUGUACUUGUACUUGAAACCUUGUAUAAUAGUGGUUGUAUGUAUUGUAUUAUUACCUAAAAUGUAUCGUUUAUGUUGUAAAUACUCAAAAAUAUAAGUCAUGUAGAAAUAUUUCUAGUCAAUCCUAGUCAUAAUGAGAAAAUUAUAGUACCUUUUGUCCUGAAAUUCCAAUGAUGUUUACUAAAUAAUGUACUUACUCAGCAAGAAAUGUAAUACGCUAUUAAAGUUCCAUUUGAUUGUUUUUGCUUAAUUUUAUUUCAAAAAGUGCU